AUGGGUGAACAAGAACAAGCUGCAGGACCUGUGCAGGUGUACAAUUGUCCGUUCAGAUUACCUCCUCAACUUGAUUUAUCCUCUGGAAAUGUAUCCGAGAACUACAAAAAGUGGAAAAGACAAGUUGAAGUUUACAUGUCUGCGUCAGGAGGAAUCGACAAAAGUAAAGAGGUACAGGUAGCAAUUAUUUUGAGUUGUGGUGGACCUCACGUAGUCGAGAUAUAUGACCAGUUUCAUAGGGAAGACGAAUCUCAUAAGAAUGACCCUGCUAAGUUAUAUGAGAAGCUACAGGCCUAUUUACAUGUGGUUAAAUCCGAUAUUAACUCUGUAUGGGACACUACAUCUGGCGAAGAGGAUAAACCAGAGGAUAAACCAGAGCCGAGCAAUGGCAGAUGCGAAACCUAUUUUGACAAAUGUGAGUAG